AUGUCCACGCGUGAGAGGCCGUACCGCUUAGGUACAGAGGAGACCUCUCAAGCAUUGAGGGGGAAGCACAGGGCCGAAGCGUACCCACAGUCCAUUAGCUUGAUUGAGAGCGGGAAUCCCUCGAGAAGCCUGGAGAACGUUUGCCGCUGGGCGUAUCAGAAGCAGAAGUGGGACCCCAACCACUCUGAGCACCACGAUCAUGCCGUCUUCUUAACCAGGCAAGAUUUUGGGCCUGCUGGUAUGCAAGGACAUGCUCCUGUUACCGGCAUGUGUCAGCCAGUCCGAAGCUGUACGCUCAACCACGAGGAUGGGUUUUCAUCGGCUUUUGUCGUUGCUCAUGAAACUGGGCACGUGCUGGGCAUGGAGCACGACGGGCAAGGGAACCGCUGCGGGGACGAGACAGCGAUGGGCAGCGUUCUGGCUCCCUUGGUGCAGGCUGCCUUCCAUCAGUACCACUGGUCCAGGGGCAGCAGCCAAGAGCUCAAAAGACACAUAGACUCUUACGACUGCGUUCUUGACGACCCUUUUGAACAUGAUUGGCCCAAGCUUCCCGAGCUGCCAGGCGUCAAUUACUCCAUGGACGAACAGUGCUGCUUUGAUGUUGGCGUUGGCUAUAAAAUAUGCACGGCGUUCCGAACCGUUGACCCGUGCGAGCAGUUGUGGUGCAGCCAUCCAGAUAACCCCUAUUUCUGUAAGACUAAGAAAGGACCUCCGCUCGACGGGACGUGUGCCCCUGGAAAAUGGUGCUCUAAAGGUCACUGCAUGUGGAAGAACGCUAACCGGCUGAAGCAGGAUGGCAACUGGGGACCCUGGACAAAAUUUGGCUCCUGCUCCCGAACGUGCGGAACCGGAGUUCACUUUCGAACACGCCAGUGCAACAAUCCAAUGCCCAUGAAUGGAGGCGAAGAUUGUGCUGGGGUCAAUUUUGAGUUUCAGCUUUGCAAUACGGAGGAGUGUCCUAAGCACUUUGAGGACUUCAGAGCGCAGCAGUGUCAGCAGCACAACUCCCACUUCGAGUAUCAGAACAGCAAGCACCACUGGCUGCCCGACGAGCACCCUGACUCUAACAAGCGGUGCCACCUGUACUGCCAGUCCAAGGAAACCGGAGAUGUUGCGUCCAUGAAGCAGCUGGCACAUGAUGGAACUCACUGCUCCUAUAAAGAUCCCUACAGCAUCCGUGUCCACGGAGAACGCGCGAAAGUGGGUUGUGACAAGGAGAUCGGCUCCAACAAGGUGGAAGAUAAGUGUGGCGUCUGCGGUGGGGAUAACUUUCAUUGCCGAACGGUGAAGGGAACCUUCACGCGCACUCCCAAAAAGCUUGCAAUUAAGAACCAGGCUACGGGACACUAUAUUCUGAAUGGGAAAGGGGAGGAGGCCAGAUCCCAAUCUUUCCUCGACCUGGGCGUGGAGUGGGAGUACAACAUAGAAGACAACAUCGAAACCCUCCACACGGACGGGCCCUUGCACGACGCGGGGGUUGUGCUGAUCGUUCCUCGGGAGAAUGACAUGAGAUCCAGCCUGACCUACAAAUACAUCAUUCACGAGGAUUCGGUACCAACUAUCAACAGCAACAAUGUCCUGCAGGAAGAAACAGACACUUUUGAGUGGGUGUUAAAGAGUUGGUCGCAGUGCUCCAAACCCUGCGGUGGAGAUGAGCCCUGCAUGGGAGACAAAUCCAUCUUCUGUCAAAUGGAAGUGCUUGCCCGUUCCUGUUCCAUCCCUGGCUACAACAAGCUGUGCUGCGAGUCCUGCAGCAAGCGCAGCAGCACCCUCCCGCCCCCCUUCCUCACCCAAGCGGCCCCAGCUGCUGAGGACGUCAUCUUUGAGGAGAGCGACCUGCCCAGGGCUUUGGUGAUGCCAACGCCUGCAGUGCCCCGCUCCGCACAGUUCCAGCCUGGCAGAAGUUCUCCGGGCAGGCUCUGGGAAGAAGACAUCGAUACACACGUCUCCCUGUCCAACACCGAGCCCAAAGGCACUGAGUUUCCGCAACAGAGAGCUCCACCAGCCAGGAAGAUUUCUAGGCUGUUUGCUUGGCUACACCAGUCGCCUUCCAACAGCGGCAGCCUCGGUCCUCAUGGUGCCCUGGCCUUGGCAGCAGCUCUUCCCGUGGUGCCAGCUCAUAACACCACGGCAGGUGCUCCUUCACCACCGAGAGCCUCCGGGAAGAGCGAGAAGCAUGUUGAGAAGAGCUGGCCUUCCAGGUCCUCCACCAUGGAAAGAUGAACGCCUCGUGGAGGAGAGUCACGGGAAGAGGCUUUGUUUGGCGCUUUGGGUUUCACGUCCUUCCUUCUGGAUGCCCUGGGGCACGCUGCUUUCCACAAGCAGGACGCUGCAGGUCAUCGACUCCUUUUCCCUGUCAAUGAGACGAACGAGAAGUGCUGGGUCACUUUCUGGUUGCUCCCGUCCUCCUCCCGUACUGCGUUAUCUGGCUAGCUUCAGCGCCUGGGAGGCAAGCACCAAAGACUAUUCCUGCCCGCGAGCAGAAGUCGCCGAGGGCAUCGCUCUGGCCAUGACCUCAGCACUCACCCCCUUAUUUUUGGGUUUUAGGGCUCACACGUAGAAAACGCCCCACUCCAAGAGGUACCAGACGUUUACACUAUAUAAAACACUUUUUUUUUUUUUUUGCAAUGGAAGGACUGAUUCCGUAAGACUCGUUUUGCUGAUUUAUCUCUCUAAAGGGAUAUUGUCUGAGCGAAUUUGCAGCUGCUGUGUCAAUACUGGAUAUUGCGGAAAGUCAGGAUUAUUUUGAAGAGUGUUGUGCUGUCAGACAACUGUUGACCUCUGUUGCGUUCUGGACACUUGCUGGGUGCCUGCCAUCGAGUGCUGCCUUAUUCACAUCCCAGGAGCUGAUUUUUAGAACAGCAUUAUCAUGAAAGGAGGAGUUCUGUUUCCAGCUGCUGACACUGGGAAAGGGUUUUUUUUUGUCUUGAGUAUCACCAACGUGACGCUUUCUUUUGAAAUAGGGGAAGGAAAAGAAAAAAAGGUGUAAAGCUGAAGGUAGGAGUCCGCGUAGAGCCAGCCGCCCGUCCAAAGCAGGUUUAGACACUUUGGUGUCGUCGGAGGUUGGAAAAAUACCGGGGGGCGGCUGUGGAAUGAGCCCCGCGCCCCGCGGAGGAGCAGCAGCGCCGUCCCGUCCCGUCCCUCUCCUCUCGCCCGCCAGCGCAGGAAACCCUGGACGUGCCGUCAGCGCUGUCACCUUCCCCAGUCCCCAACCCGUUCUCUUCUCCAGACGCUCCCGCGGUGAUUCCCGAAGCUGAAAAAAGCAUCCGGAGGUGGAACAGGUGCUGACGAGAAAUAGCUGUGGCAAGACUGAAAGUAAGAGGAUUUUUUUUUUUUUUUCCCUUCCUACCGGCAGCGUUGAUGUGAAGGUGAGAGAGAGAUUUAUUUUUCGGCAUGGUUCCCCUCAAACUCCAGCCCCACAAGGCAUCUGCCUGCAAUAAGGGACGAGUCGUUUCUGUCCCUGACCAUCUUGUUCACAGCCCGCCCCGUCGCACCCUCUC